CUCCAUGAACCCCACACUUUGAUUCGUUGCUCUGGCUAGGCCGAUGGCCUGCGCGCUGAUGGGCUGCGCCACUACCUGUAGCGGCCGACGAUUGGGUGUGAGGAGACUUCCAAGCGUGAUAGGUCAGGACCAUCUCCCCUCUUUUUCCUGAUUGGCUAAUCGGCAAAGCCCGGUCUCCGGGUAAGAUGGCAGCGGACGGACAGUGCUCGCUCCCCGCUUCAUGGCGGCCGGUGACCCUCACCCACGUCGAAUAUCCCGCAGGUGAUCUUUCAGGCCACCUCCUUGCCUACCUGAGCCUCAGUCCCAUCUUUGUCAUUGUUGGCUUUGUGACGCUUAUCAUCUUCAAGCGAGAGCUUCACACUAUUUCUUUCCUGGGGGGUCUGGCACUCAACGAGGGGGUCAACUGGCUAAUAAAGAACAUUAUCCGGGAGCCCCGGCCCUGUGGAGAUGCCCACUCCAUGGUGAAUACCAAAUAUGGGAUGCCUUCCAGCCAUUCCCAAUUCAUGUGGUUCUUCUCAGUCUACUCCUUCCUUUUUCUUUAUUUAAGAAUGCACCAAACAAACAACGCCAGAUUCUUGGACUUGUUAUGGAGACACGUGCUCUCUCUGGGCCUCGUGACAGUAGCCUUUCUCGUCUCAUAUAGUAGAGUGUAUUUGUUGUACCACACCUGGAGCCAGGUUCUCUAUGGCGGGGUUGCAGGAAGCAUCAUGGCUGUGGCAUGGUUUGCCUUCACGCAGGAGAUCCUCACUCCACUGUUCCCCAGGAUAGCAGCCUGGCCCAUAUCUGAAUUCUUCUUAAUUCGAGACACAAGCCUCAUCCCCAAUGUCCUGUGGUUUGAAUAUACAGUAACCAGAGCAGAGGCCAGAAACAGACAGCGAAAGCUGGGUACAAAGCUACAGUGAGAGUGCUCGGGCAUGGCUGGGCCAGCCCCACAGAUCUGACUGGUAGGAUGCCGCCACGGAGACCUCGACAGACCCAAGUCACCACGUGGAGCCUUUUUCUUUCUUUCUUUCUUCUUUAAAAAAAAAAAAAUCAACAAGAUGGACCAAAGGCCAGACUGGGGCCUUCAGCGGGAGUCCAGAGGCCUGGGCAUUGGCUUGGGCAGCUUGCUAGGCAUCCCCACUGCCCAUGGGACCAGGAUGCAAAUGGACCUUGCCCAUACCACCACUGUACACUGAGAAGCAGAAUGUACCAUAACAUCAAAGGCCAGAGGAAGGGACUAAGGAUGGGAUGAUAGGGUAGAAGAAAACUUUCACCCGAGAACUUGAGUCAGGGUGGUGGGUGGGGAAAAAAAAUCUAACAGCCAAGUAUUUGUGUGGAAUUGAGGUGGUAUGAAAUAUACAUGCUAUUUAUUUUUUUCUAAGGUUAAUUUGAUUUUUUGAGAUGGGGAGCUGGGGCUGUGGUAAGGCCUUUCUGAAGAGGAACCCACAGAGUAGUGUUGGUUUCUCAGUGGCACAGGGAGAGUCUAACUUCAGACCAUUCGGGCGAUGUCAGUUCCAUCCAUCUGCACUUUGUGAGAAAGAAACAAAACUUGAUGGACAUUUUCCUUUGAACACUAGGAAGCAGCCUACCUCUUCUCUUAGUGUGGUUAUAAAACAUGGGGCUUAGGGCAGAGCUUUUGGGGAAAUCAGCCCUUUCUUUGAUUCCUAUCUCCUCUCUGCCAAUAACAGCCUGGCAGGGAGGAUGCCGUUUCUGAGUAUUGUUCCCUAUUAUGCAGCUAUUUCCAUAACUAGGAGAGUGAUAGCUCAGAGAAACAGUGCUUCUUCAUUGGUCUGGUGAUGCCAUUGCUUUACAACAGUAAUCUCAUUCAAGGGCCUUCUCUGAUCCCUGUGUGUGCAAUGGGUUGUACCUUCCACAAUGAAAGAACUUUUUUUAAAUGCCAUUUACAUUGUCGAUGGGGAAACCCGAGCUAUUUUACACAUUUCCUUUUGUCUUUCCAUCAGGUAGCAGUUGUUCUUCUAUUCCUUUCAUUCCUUCCCAUUUCCAGUCCCCCCCUCCCACCUCUCCCCACCCACCCAAAACAAAAGGAAAAGAACCAGGAGUUGAGCUGGGGGUGUGCCUGACACUGCCCUUCUUCCCCUACUGGGCUCAGAACACUUGUCUUUCCUCGAGACUUGUCUCCCAAGGUCUCAGCUCUUUCACAGGCGGGUACUACAGACUGGAAAUACACUAGCUGGCAAUGUGUUUGUUCAAACCAGGACACAUGCUGGACAAGAGAACUUGGAUGUCUUGAGGAAGUCAUCAUAAAAGUUAUUUUACUUGUACUUGGGUCUGUUGUUUUAAAGUGACUUUGAAAAGGAAUCUUUGAGGGGAAGAUGUGUCUAAGGCCCAGAGAAUAUCUAGAAUCGAACUGGAUGGUUUGGGACACGUUCAAAUCAUUGAAGAAAAAACAUAUUUUGGUUUCCUGAGCUGCUGCUGCUGCUGCUGCUGAAGCACGCCUUGGUGGUGCUUUUCUUUACUUUCCUUUUUGCAAAGACAGUAUCCACAAGCCAUUCCAGAUGUCAGGAAAAUGGGUUUAUUUCCAGGGAAGUUAGGUCAGCCCCCACAUCCCCUUCCCAUUUUACUUUUUGGCCAGAGAUAAGCCAGAUGUCAGGUGGUUUGGAUUAAGACAAUAAAUAAAAUUGUUUACUAUUGUUUUAAAAUAAAA